GCGAUGGAGAACGGCUCGGGCAGCGGCAACCAGAGCCUGGGCAGGAUGCCCCGGCAGCCCCUGGAGCUGCAGGUGGUCACCAUCCUGCUGGUGCUGCUCAUCUGCGGAGUGGGCAUCGCGGGCAACGCCAUGGUGGUGCUGGUGGUGCUGCGCACCAAGCACAUGGUGACCCCCACCAAUUGCUACCUGGUGAGCCUGGCCGUGGCCGACCUCAUCGUGCUGCUGGCGGCCGGGCUGCCCAACAUCUCCGAAGUGGUGGCUUUUUGGGUGUACGGCUACGCCGGCUGCCUGUGCAUCACCUACUUGCAGUACCUGGGCAUCAACAUCUCCGCCUGGUCCAUCGCUGCCUUCACGGUGGAGCGGUACAUCGCCAUCUGCCACGCCAUCAAGGCGCAGCUCCUGUGCACCGUGUCCCGCGCCAGGCGCAUCAUCGCCUCGCUGUGGCUCUUCACCUCCCUCUAUUGCCUCAUGUGGUUCUUCCUGGUGGACACCACCCAGGUCACCUUCUCGGAUGGGGCGCAGGUCAUCUGCGGCUACCGGGUCUCCAGAAGCCUUUACAUGCCCAUUUACUUCUUGGAUUUUGCCGCCUUCUAUGUCAUCCCGCUGGGGCUGGCGACUGUCCUCUACGGCCUCAUUGCCCGCAUCCUCUUCGUCAGCCCGCUGGCCGGCACCCCGCAGCAUUCCUUCCUGGGCUCCAUGCACCAGGACAGCUCCCUCAAGCUCUCCUGCCGGGGCAGCAGGGGCGCCCUGAGCUCCCGCAAGCAGGUGACCAAGAUGCUGGCUGUCGUGGUGGCUCUCUUUGCCGUGCUGUGGCUGCCUUACCGCACGCUGGUGGUGGUGAACUCCUUCGUGGACCCUCCGUACCUGAACACCUGGUUCCUCCUCUUCUGCCGCCUGUGCAUCUACCUGAACAGCGCCAUCAACCCCAUCAUCUACAACCUCAUGUCACAGAAGUUCAGGGCUGCCUUUAGGAAGUUAUACAAGUGCCAGGAGAAGAGUGCUGGGCACCCUGCCCCGUCCAUCACCCCGGUGUACUACAGUGCUGUGAAGGAUUGCUCUCACAACAGCUCUGACCACAACCCCACCGAGCAGGAGGAUCUGAGCAGGUUCCCUGCACCUGCAGAGAAGAAUAAACAAAUCCUGUGA